CGCCUGCGCGGCCUUGGCUGUCCGGCCCGGCCAUGGCUCUGCGGCUGCUGCGCGGAGCGCCCGUCGCAGCGAAGUCAUCACUUCUGUGCAACUUGCGGAGCAGCUCCGGCUCUAAGCCAGAAGGAAGAUCUGAAGCCACUAAGCAGCCACUUAAGAAACCAAAGUUACCAGUGGGCCGAUUUGAUGAACCAGAAGAGUCCAGUAUAGAGAGGGAACCCCUGGAAAAAUUUCCUGAUGGAAUCAAUCCUACUACAAAAGAGAGGGGUGGACCUAGAGGCCCUGAACCUACACGUUUCGGAGACUGGGAGAGAAAAGGACGCUGUAUAGAUUUUUAAUAUUUAAAUGUGUCCGUAUUGCUAAUAAAAUAUUUCUAGUUGUUGAAAAAUGUAAUGUACAGAAAAAAAAUCUCACCUGGAUUUGUUGUGAAGCUUCUUGUUUCUGUCAUGCUUGUGGUGAAUUUUCUGAGUGAUAUAAUGUAAAUAAACACAAUGCUGCAACUCACAUUGUGGAGCUGUUACUUCUCAA